UUUACAAAAUUCUCAAGAAAAUUUCGACACCGGUAAUCAGUACUGGAGUGAACUGUUUAUAUAAUUGUUGUGUAUUUAUUGUAGUAGCUUUCUUGCGUUAAUUUACAUCAAAAGUAAACAUGGCAAACGGUCCACCGACACGCAAUUUGUUGCGCAUUGUGUUGGACAAUUUUCUGAAAUCGUUUCGACCAAGGCAGAUUAAAGGAAACUUCGUGGGAGAAGAUUAUUUUGGCAAUAAAUAUUACGAAAUACCCCCUGAUCCGUCCGUUGGUCGUCGUCGUGCAUCUCGCUGGUUUGAACCUACUGCGAAAGAAGCAUACGAUCAAGAGAUUACAGCCGAAUGGGAAGCUUGGUUACGUGGAAGAAGGAAGGAACCACCUACCGAGCAGGAAUUGUUAAAAAACUUGGCUAUUAUGAAAAUGAAAGAACGUAAUGCAGCAGAACUGGAAGCUAAGUACAGCAAACCGAAAGAUGCAACCGUACUGGAACAACAGAAAACCGGAAUGGGAUCGUUUCCCCAGUACGACGAGUACGAAGUAAUGCCUGGAAAAGGGAAACACGAAAAAUAGAUACAAAAAUCAUAACUAAGAAAGCCAACACGUACUUUGUUUCUGAGACAUUAGUCCUAUAUUUGCUUGAUCAAGUAGAAACGGGAGGCUUAACGGGUAGUCGCCGUUACGCUUCCCGAAUUUGUAUAUACAAUUUAAUGACAAUAUAUUAACGGAGCAGCGAGUUACGACGCUCCAAGAUUAUGAAUAUUAUUAAA